CGCUUGUUUCUCCAAGAUGGCGGCCGCUAAGGACAGUUGUGGCUUAGGUGAAGUGCCCGCAGGGAACGGGCGGCGGCUCCACCUAGGGAUUCCGGAGGCCGUGUUUGUGGAAGAUGUAGAUUCCUUCAUGAAACAGCCUGGGAAUGAGACUGCAGAUACAGUACUAAAGAAGCUGGAUGAACAGUACCAGAAGUAUAAGUUUAUGGAACUCAACCUUGCUCAAAAGAAAAGGAGGCUAAAAGGUCAGAUUCCUGAAAUUAAGCAGACUUUAGAAAUUCUAAAAUACAUGCAGAAGAAAAAAGAGUCCACCAAUUCACUGGAGACCAGAUUCUUACUGGCAGAUAACCUGUAUUGCAAGGCUUCAGUUCCUCCUACCGAUAAAGUGUGUCUGUGGUUGGGGGCUAAUGUAAUGCUUGAAUAUGAUAUUGAUGAAGCUCAGGCAUUGUUGGAAAAGAAUUUAUCGACUGCCACAAAGAAUCUUGAUUCUCUUGAGGAAGACCUUGACUUUCUUCGAGAUCAAUUUACUACCACAGAAGUCAAUAUGGCCAGGGUUUAUAAUUGGGAUGUAAAAAGAAGAAACAAAGAUGAUUCUACCAAGAACAAAGCAUAAUGCUGGCAAUUAAAAAUGUGGUUCAGUUUUCCAAACAUGCUAUUUGAAAUACCCCACAGUUUAUCCUUAAAGGUUGACAUAACUGAAUGAUUUUUUAACAGCAAGAAUGAUAAUUAAAAUGUUCAAAAAAGAUAAAACCAUUUUAUUUAUUUAUAAAAACAAAAUUAGUUUAAAAUAUUUUAUGAAAUUAGCAGUAUUCUAAUUUUUUUUCACAUUUCCGACAAAGUAAAUGCUGCUUUUAUCUUUUUGUUGUUCGUUUAUCAUAAGAAAAUUCUUAGAUGAAAUGGCUUAAAACGGUGAGGUAUGCUAUGGAAGCUGAAUUCUGGACACUUUAGCACAUUUUACUUUUUCUUUUUUGGCUGAUGUUACUCUCACUUGAUGCGGUUAAACCAGGUUAGAGGUAGGAAAAACACUUUGAAUAUUUGCGAACUUGUUUUUCUUUAGUGGACUUUAUGGUCCUUUGUUGCCAUUAUUUGUCUUAUGUAAAUGGAGUUUCAUCAAUUACUGCUUAGCCAAUAACUGUCUAUUAUAAUAUUCUGUACUUUUCAGGAAAUUGUAAUUUGCCUUCCUAAAUAGUAAGAGAGCUAUUGAGACAACACUUUUUCUUACCCCAUGUAAGUGCAUAGUGUCUUUGCACUGCCAACACAAAGGAGAUCUUGGCCAACAUGAAAUAACAAAAUUACCCACUCAAAACUGUUGGCUAAGCAAUUUUGUAUUUCUUAACAUUUCUCCAUAGCAGCUGAACAGGAAUAUUAAGAUAGAUAUAAAUCUGCAAUGGUUGAAAAGAGUUGUGGGCUUUUUUAUUCAUGAUCAAACCUCAUAGGAAUAGUAGAAAAUCCCUGUGGAAAGCCGUUGGUACAGUGGCUCAUACUGGGUGUUACAGAUUCUGGUAAAAACACAAAUGUAUUAUGCCAUCUCCAUGUAGUAAAAAGUAUACUUGUACAAUAUUUUGUACUUGUAUUUCAUGAUAUUAAAACAGUGAAGUUAAAACUGUG